GAAUCGGACGGUUGAUAAGCUAUCUAUCACAUUAAAAUGAUUUCCCGAAAAUACCCUUCUCUCCUUCAAGAUUCAUAGUACAAAUACGAAACUCUUCCUUCUUCCUUCUCUUUUUCUUUAUUGCAGCAAUCCAAAACCAAAUCGAAAGCAAAGAGUUUGAAAUUUUCCGAUCAAUGGUGUUUUGUGGUGAAGGAGGAGACUACAUGGCGACGAUGGGACGUGAGGGACCUAAGACUCUUCACAAUUUCACCCUCCCGGAUUUGAAGUGGGGAGUUCAGCGGAGUCUCAGGUGCAUGAAGCUCCAAUCUAACGGCGGUGUUGACGAUCGGAAUCGACGACUGUGGAGAUCAGCCGGCGAGGAAGGGAUCGAAGAGUUUGGGGAGAAGAUGAAGGAAUCGAUUUUCAGAGAACAAGUUGUAGAUUACGAAGAGGAAGAAGGGAAGAGGGAGAGGGAGAGGGAGGCUUCUCCGCCGUGGAAUUUACGGAAGAGAAGAGCAGCUUGCAAGGCUCCGGUUGCAGAGUCUGUAAACUGCGACGAAGAAGCGAAGUUCAUGUCGACGCUGACGAAGAAAGAGAUGGAAGAUGAUUACAUGACGAUGAUGGGCCACCGACCACCUCGACGGCCCAAGAAACGUCUCAGAACCCUUCAGAAACAGAUCGAUUUGUUGCAUCCAGCUUUUUAUUUUACUCAAGUUACUGAAGAUAUCUACCAAGUUCCAGAUGCUGCAGAGACCAGAAAGAGGUGAUGAUGAUGAUGAUGAUGAUGAUGAUGAGUUCCACUUUAAGUUUCACAGCCCUGUUUUGGUGACUUGUGGAAUCUAUUGAAGUUUGGAGUUUCAAAUUUUUUUUUUCUUUUGUUAGUUUAGUUUGGUUUAUACGUGUUACGAAAUGGCUGAACUAACAUGUAAGUAGGUUCUGAUGUAUUUAGAACGUACUCUUUGUCUCGGUAUAUCAUCAAACGGAACAGCCAAUAGCAAUCAAUAAGAAGGAUGAACAUUUUCACCAA